AUGACGAACCAGGUGGACACUUCAGAAAAGCUUAAGCAGGAGCUUUUUGGGUUUCAGAUCUUUUUCAUCACGCUCAGUGUUGUCAUCGGAAGUGGCAUAUUCACCAACAAUGGAAUGGCCCUCGCCAUUGCGGGACCAAUGGGCUUGAUUCUUGCGGUCCUCAUCAUCAGCAUAGUAGUUCUAGCAGUCAAUGAGUGUAUUGCCGAGUUGGCUCAGCAAUUCCCGGUUUACAAUUCGAUCGUUGAAUAUGUUCGCACAUUCGUCGACGAGGACUUUGGCUGGGUUAUCGGACUGGCUUAUUGGUAUGCAUACGCAGCAACGUUUGCCAGUCAAACCUCUAUGGCUGCGACUCUCCUAGAGUACUGGGGCCUGGCAACGGCGUGGAGAGUUCUUAUCUGCUACGUUAUGGUUCCAGUCAUCUUAUUCCUUCUCAACAUGACCGGAGUUUUUGUGAGUUGUGUCCUCGAAGCGAUGGAUACACAGCUGAUAGGAUCACAGUGGUACGGUGUUGUGGAAACGAUUGGUGGUUUCCUAAAGCUGGUGAUGAUUGUGGCAAUUUCAAUUUAUAUAUAUACAAUCGCGGACGAUGUUUCUUCUCCUAGCUUUGAACAUGGACAAGGUUUUAGCAGUAAUGGACAAGCCCAGUGCUAUGCUAUCCCACUCACCGCAUACGCUUUCCAGGGCAUAGAAGUAUACGCCAUGACUGCAUUUGAAGCUCGAGACGGCCAUGCCCUUCGCUGGCCGGCUCGCUGGACUGCGUAUGUAGCGGUAGUCGUAUACAUCAUGUGCACGUUAGGAGAGGUCAUCAACGUGAAGUGGGAUGAUUCCGCUUUACCAAAACUCCAUGAUGGAGUUUCAAAUAGCACAUUAUCAGCUACUUCUAACCCUGGUUCGUCAAGUAGCAUGAUCGUCAUAGCCGCGCUGAACACCAAUAACCGGUCAAUGGCUGGAUUCCUCAACGGCUGUUUGCUCUUCAGUGUCUUUUCUGCAGCCAACACUUCACUGUACGUUGCUUCCCGAACCUUAUGGGGUAUGGCGAAGCACUUUCCCAGAUCUUCGACAAAAGAACUCUGGGUCAAGAAGAAGCUAGCGAUUCUAAGCGAGGGCACCAAAGUUCCGGUUGUAUCCUUGCUGGUCUCACUUCUAGCAUUCUGCUGGGUCCCAUUCCUACAGCUCGUAGAUAGCUCUGCAGUACAGCAAGUGGUCCAAGUUAUAUCCAUCUCCUCCAGCACCGCUAUAAUGAUCGUAUGGGCAGCUAUCUGUCUCGCAUUUAUUCGAUACUAUUACUGGUUCGUGUUGAAGAAAUGCGAACCUCGACUUCGGUACCACAACCGUCCUGAAUACAUCCGACUAGAUGAAAAGUAUAUUGCUAAAGGCAGUCUGCGUAUUCUACAACCACUUCAGGCCUGGAUCGGACUGAUUGGGUGUAUCACCAUAUUCGCAUUUUCCAGCGCGACAUGGUGGAGUGAAACCGCAACUGUCACCGAAGUUGCCAUGGCGUACGGGCCGCAUAUGGUCCUCUUUCUUAUAUUCAUCAUCUCGAAAGCGUUCAGUAAAAACAAGGGGUGGGUCAAAUUGACAAACGACGAAUGGGUCCUGCGGAAUGCCUUGGAUAGACUAUGGAUUCGCAAGAUCGAUCAUCAUGAAGAAAGUGCCUCAGAGCGCCUGAAAAGUGUUAUGAAAUCGCUGUUUUCCAAAUUAUGGGAACAAUUCAGGGAUAGGCAGAACAACCAGCAAGCGGAUGGGGAUGUUCAUCAUCGGAGUGAAGGUUCCACGUCUGCGGAGACAAACAGGCAAGAGUUGCUAACUAUUUCGAACGACCAGCCUGUAUAGGAGACCCAAUUCCAAGUCUAUGCCUUUGUCAUAUGUAUACACUGGACAUUUGUCAUUAAUUAUACGUGGAAUGAAGAGAUGAAUCUACG